AUGGGUGAUGACCUUCAGGAGAUCGUACGUACCAACGGCUUGCGCCCGAGUCUUGGGGACCCUGAGUGCUACGAGAAGAUGAUUAAGAACAUCGAAUCAUAUUUCCGCUCAUUGACCGACGCCUCAGCGGAGCAUGAUGCAUUCGGCGAGAUGAAGCAGGGACCCGACGAACCGGUGAUGAAGUUUGUAGCCAGACUCAAGUCGAAGGUCAGUGCGUGCGGCUAUCACACGGACGACGAGGAGCGGUUUGUGCGAUCUCAAUUUUUGAAGGGGAUGAUCGAUCAAAGCUUGGCCGAACACGCGAGGAUCCACAACCACGCUCUGGGAGAGCUGAUCAGCAACGCUCACCGCGCAGAGAAUCUGGCCAGUAAGAGAAAGGAGGCUCUGGCGAAAGAGGCGCAAGCAAGGGGAGCGCUAGUGCACGAAUCAUUCGCUUUGCAGUCAGGAAGAGCAUCAGGACGUUUGCGUGAACAGAAUUCCCUCGGACGCGCGAAGGGCUACCACGAGCGUGAGCAGACAACCCGCAGGUACGGACCAGGUGACACAAGCGGAAACGGGCGGAGCUCCGGUGGUUACCAGGAAUACGGGCGGAACUCCGGAGGAACACGUGGACAGGGUUCACGUGGACGAGACAUCCAGCGCAACGAAGGAAACGGACCAGGGAGGAACAGGAGCUCGUCGGCUAGAGUGUCGAAUGGGCGCAAAAGUUGCCCCAACUGCUACAGUGACCAUAAUGACCGAGAGCCGUGUCCCGCCACGGACAGGAAGUGCUGGCGAUGCAAUGGAGUUGGUCACUUUGCAUCUGCCUGUCGUCUCCCUGGAUCGAGGAAGUUCGCUCGACAGAUCGAACGGGAUAAUUCUCGCGACCAGCUUGAUGUAAACACGUUGUCCCUAGACGACGUCCUCGUUGACUGCUGUGUGGGCUUGUCGGAACCGAUCAAGUUCAUGGUGGACUCGGGCACGGAUGCUAACAUAAUUGGGGGUUUGGAUUGGAGGAAACUUCGCAUUGACGUCGACCGUGGCCGCGCAGCGAUCCGAAUGGUAAAGACCUCAAGAACCACAAGUCUCCGUGCGUACGCGUCAAGCGAACCGCUGCAGGUAGAGCUCGCGUUCGAAGCGGAUAUACAGAUCGCAGGAGUCUCCGGCAGGGCAGUCCGCGCCGAAUUCCUUGUUGUCCCCGGCGGCACUCGAUCACUUCUCGGCCGAUCGACAGCAAGCGACAUGCAACUCUUGCGGGUCGGGCUGGAAACUAAUGCUUGUCGCGGAGUCAAGGAGCUGGAUGUGUUCCCCAAGAUGCCCGGCGUCAAGGUGCAAUUCAGUGUGGAUCGCUCGGUGGUGCCCGAAAAGAAUGCGUACUACAAUGUACCAGCUGCAUUCCGCGAGGGCGCCAGGAAGCGGCUUCGGGAAAUGCUGGAAAAGGGAAUAAUCGAGGAGGUGAAAUCCGCCCCGAACUGGAUUAGUGGUAUGUCAGCGGUGCCAAAGGGGAAGGACGAUUUCAGGCUGGUGGUGAAUAUGAAAGCUCCCAACAGAGCCAUCAAGCGUGAGUACUUUAGACUACCCUUGGUACAGGAAAUGAAAGUGAAGUUAAGUGGCGCAAAAUACUUCACCAAGUUGGACCUGACCAGCGCCUACUACCACCUAGAGUUGGCCGAGGAAUCUCGCGAUUUGACCACCUUUUUGAGCGAGGAAGGAAUGUAUCGUUUCUGCCGGCUUCUCUUUGGAGUGAACGCUGCGCCUGAGAUCUUUCAGCGGGAGAUGGUACGGAUCCUUAAGGGAAUUAAGAACAUCAUCAUUUAUAUUGAUGAUAUCUUAAUAUUUGGUGCGACACUCGAAGACCUAAGGGAAACGGUUGCUAAGGUAAUGGCGGUUCUGAAGGCCAACAACCUCACGCUGAAUCCGGGAAAGUGUGAGUUUGAUAAGCGUCGAAUCACGUUCCUGGGACACGAAUUGGAUGAACACGGCUUCCACGUGGACGAGAACAAAAUCAAGCACGUUGAGAAGUUCCGGCAGCCAAGAACGGCUUCAGAGUUACGGAGCUUCCUAGGGCUGGCAUCGUUCAUCAGUCCAUACAUCCAGAACUUCGCACGGCUGACCGGUCCGCUAUGGGAAGUAGCUUCGACAAAAACGUGGAAAUGGGGCCCAGGACAAUCCGAUGCUUUCGAGAAAACGAAGACGCGCAUCUCUCAGUGCACAGUCACUUUGGGAUAUUUCUCGGAUUCGGAUAAAACGGUACUCUACGCCGACGCUUCUCCAACUGCGCUGGGCGCCGUUUUGGUCCAAGAACCUCGGACUGAUGCUCGAGGAGUGGCAUUCAUUUUGAACAGGACGCGCGAGAACUCCAAGCGAGCUCUGACCAGGGCUGAUGGUUGGGCUUUGAGGCUUAGUCCGUACCGCAUCACCGUGGAGUACGUCGAGGGAAGGUUCAAUAUUGCAGAUCCGUCUUCUCGGCUUUACGUCGGGGUAGACGACCCGUUCGAUGAAGCUGAGAGCCCAUGGGAGGUCGCAAAGAUCGAUGCGGUGGACGCCAAAUUUCUGACCGAACGAGAAGUUCAGGAGGCUACUGCGCGGGAUCACGAGCUUUCGCUUGUAUCACGGGCCCUGAGGUCCGGGGUGUGGCCGAAAGAAAUCCGCAGGUUUCAGCUUGUUGAAAACGAUCUCUAUGUCAGGAACGGUAUCGUCGCCAAGUUAGGCUGUGUCGUGGUGCCGGAACCCCUCCGCCGCAAAGCCUUGACUGUGGCGCACGAAGGUCACCCGCUCGUUGCAAAGCUGAAGAGCAUCCUCCGCGAACGGGUGUGGUGGCCUGGGAUGUCCAAGGAUGCCGAGGAUUGGGUCAAGUCCUGCCAAACGUGCACGAUGAAUGGAAUGCCUGAAAAGACGACGCCGUUAAUUCGAAUCUUUGCUCCAAAAUCGGUAUGGGAGAUGCUGGCAGUUGACUUCAACGGACCCUACGCCAGGUUUGGCGGAAUUUACAUCCUGGUGUUGGUGGAAUACCGGUCGCGAUUCGUGUACGCCCGGCCAGUUAAGUCGACUAAUUUUGAAAACACCAAGCGCAUCUUUGACGACAUCUUCGAGAAGGAAGGUUUCCCGAAAGUGAUCAAAUCCGACAACGGGCCACCGUUUAACGGAGAAGAGUAUAAAAACUAUUGUUUGGAGCGAGGAAUCGAGCCAAUCUUCUCAACUCCACUCUUCCCUCGACAAAACGGGAUGGCCGAGUGUUACAUGAAGUUGGUCAACAAGGCCAUGGCCUCUGCUGCUCUGAGCGGAACUGGUUUUGAGAGGGAACUUCAAGCCGCGGUCAGAGCCCACAAUUCCUCCGCGCACUCAAUCACCAAGGUUCCUCCAGAGGAAAUGAUGUCCGGGAGGAAAAUUAGACGAAAUUUGCCUCUGCUGGUGAACAAGGAGAUACGACUGGACAACGAGGCCAUCGACGAGAGGGACCGGAAAGCAAAGCAGAAAGGAAAGGAACGCGAAGAUGCCCGGCGGGGAGCUCGUGAGUGUAACAUCAAGCCCGGUGACAAAGUGAUAAUCCAAAAACAGUCGCGCUCAAAGGGAGACUGCAAAUUCGGCUCAACAAAAUACAUGGUCAUUGAACAAACUAACGGGAACCUCACUCUGGAGGACGACGAAGGCUUACGCAUUAAAAGACACGUAUCCCAGACGAAGCGGGCGCACAAGUGGCGAGGUGAAUCCCCCGGACACGGCGUUCGGUCCAGUACAGCAAACGAUUCGCCGCAAUCCGAAGAGGCCGUGCGGCCAAAUGCAUCUGCAUAUCCACUCCAACCUGCUGGCAGUGGCCGACGAAGCGCUAUACCCGACCUGUCCCGAUCCGGACAGGAGGCUCGUCCUUCCAGGCAGAAGCAGGUUCCACUCUAUCUACAAGACUAUGUGCGGCUGGUGGAGGAGGACUUGGCGUAUCAGAAAGCGAAACAGAAGAAGAUUGAGUGGCGCCCACGAUCGACGCAAUAUCGCCAAAAGGACGACCAGCAGCAGAAAUCUGAGCAGCAGUCCACGAAGGAUAAGCAUCAGGUUCCUCCGAAGGAGAUGACUCCACCAUAG